AUCCGUAUGACAAAAUUUCUUGAAGCAGCGUUAGGUGAAAAUGUGCAACAGCAAUCCAAUAAUAGCGAUUCAGAAGAGGAAGGUACAAGAACAGAUACGUCGAAUGAAGCAUCGGACAGCGAAACAUGUAUGAUAAAUUCACGUGAGCCUCUUUCAGUACAAUCUGGAAAAAACAAAUUUUCUAAAAUUUGCAUAACAAAUAAACAACAAAAAUCUAUAAAAAGAAAAAUUAAGCAUCAAAAUCAUGCAAUUACAUAUAACGACAAUGAUGAAAAUUAUUCUCCAAACAUAAAAAAACGUCGCAGUACAUCCCCAUAUGGUUUAACAAAAAGAAGACGUUGGACAGAAGAAGAACGUACUGCAGUAAUUAAAGAAUUUUCAGAGGAAAUUAAUUCUUCACAAUUGCCAUCUAACAAAAAAAUUUCUUAUGUAAAGGAAAAAAAUAAAUACUUAAUCAAUCGAUCUGUUGCGCAAAUUAAAACAUGGCUUCAUAAUUAUAUAUCUGGCAAAAUUAAACGAUAUUAA